AGAAUUGCAAGUACAAUAAUCUUGAUGUUGAUGGUCUGAAAUGAGCGUCUACAAUAACUGGAGAUAAAAGAAAUGGAAAACAGUUCAAAUGGAGAAACUGCAAAUACGUCCCAUGAAUAUACUUAUGAAUAUGAUGAAGUAUGUGACAAGAAAAAUGUGGCCAGAAUCGGAUCAGUUGCAGUUCCUUUGGUCUUUUCCCUCGUGAUCCUCCUCAGUCUGAUGGGGAACAUACUGGUUCUUGUGAACUUGGGAGUCCACAGCCUACAAGUGAAAUCAAGGACUUUAAGCUUAAUCCGCAAUUUAGCAAUAUCUGACCUGAUCUUCACUGCUGGACUUCCGUUCUGGUCGUGUCAGUUUAUCUGGGGCUGGACGUUUGGUGAUGUAAUGUGUAAAGGUGUGAGCUUUGUGUUCUCUGUUGGAUUUUAUAGCAGCAUUGUGUUCAUGAUGAUGAUUACCCUUUGGCGCUAUUUAGGAUGGGUCCGUCCAAUUUUUGCCAGGAACAGUACAUGGCCAAAACCUGCUGCUUGGGUGCUAAGCAUCCUAUUAGGCCUCCCAGCGUUAUUCCAAAAUUCAGUCAUUUCUGAUACUUAUGAUCCCAAUUUACUUUACUGUACACAUAACAGCAAAAAAGCCAUACUUGCUGCAACGUAUCAACAGAACAUCUUAUUUGUGGUCGCCUCAUCAUUCAUGUGUUUCUGCAACAUAAGAAGUUUUCAUUUUAGACGAGGAUACAGGAAUACAAAAAUAACCUUCUGGUUUAUGGUGGUCUUCUUCAUUGGCUGGGCUCCUUAUAACAUUGUGAUAUUUCUGCAGUCCCUCAGUUAUUACCACAUUAAGGAUUUUACAGACUGUAACAUGUCUGAUAAUCUAGACUAUGCCCUUUAUGCCUGCACAAUGCUGGCUUUUUCUCACUGCUGUUUCAAUACAGUGUUUCACAUUAUCAUUUGGUUGAGAUUUCGGAGGAAUUCGAGGCAGAUUUCUCUAUCUCUUUCCCACCAAAUCCACACAAACACGCAGCCGAAUCGUAUGUAUUCUCUGGAAUCUGUGGAGAGAAACGACAAUCAGGAUGCUGUAAUGUGAUGCACAUUGUACCCAGUACAUUGUAGUGCUUUUCCUUAUUUAACACACCUGCUUAAACACAAUACUGAGCUUUUAAUGAGAUAAUUAACUAAAUCAGGUGUGUUGGAAGAUUUAGGGUGCUUUUACACCUGCCUCGUUUGGACUUUUGGAGU